GAAUAAUUAAUAGUUAAAAAAAAAUUGACAAAAUGCUUCAUCAAGCCAGUCUUCCACAUUCAUUCUCCAUAUACGAAACACUGAUUCUCGCGCUCAGUUAUAUACCUGUUUCGCGGGUUGAAAAGAGCUCUGGAGGGAUGCAUCCACCACGAGAGGGUGAAAAUAUAAUAUCCACGUGACUAUAGACGCACGACUAAUUGCACUCGUAGAAUACAUAGUUAAGUAGUGGGAGAAGAGCUCGCCGCGUCAAGGGUGCUCGUGGACCACCACAAUGGCAGUUGUUGGUGGCUGAAAUGCCAGAGGGACAUUUUGAAAAUCUUUGGUUCGGCGCAUGCGUGCACUCGAUGCAGCUUCCGAUGGAGCGCGAUGGACCGACCCGUCGUCGACUCUGAGCCGCUGUUGCUAGAAGAAACGAUCCGUGCCGAGAAGAAGCUACGCAUCUCCGACGAUUUCGGGAGGCCUCGAAUUUCUUCAGGGUGCUCCUCGGGAUCCCGACAAAUAGUUCUCAGUGCGUAAUCAAGUGAGUGCGUUUCUAGCGCGAAAGAAUCGUCUGCUCUCGUUUCGAUACGAUCGAUAGCGAGAGAGAUCUUUCCGGAGCGCGAGAAGAGAGUCUUCGCCCGAGGUGUUCGAUCGCUGCGACAAUUUUCAAUGCGCGUCUCGUGACGAGACUGGCAGACGAUCUCUGAACGAGUGAAUGUUCCAUGAGACUGAAUUCGAGGCGCGGCGAGGGAUGCCGGGUGAAAAUCGCGACCAGCUGGCGCGAGGCGUUGAAGGAAACGUGGUGCCGGGAGGACACAGGGAGCCGGAUCCUCGUAAUCGAGGACAAGCCGCGACGAUGAUUCCGCUUCCACGCACCGGCCCGUUCGCGGCCGCCUCGCCGAAUCAGAAGAUCGUCAAGACCGAAAAAAAUCGGCUGAGACUCAUCCUGGAGAGUCGCGGGACCGUCGACAAGGAGCGAAGGCUUGGGAUGCAGGAAGAGGAGGAGAAGGAGCAGGUAUCGCAGGAUAAUUGGCAAGUGUCGGCCAAUUGCUCGGCUAUCGGCGAGGAACCCGGCGAUUCGUAUCGGAAGGGAAAGGACAACGCGGAUACCCGGCGGGACAGAUUGCGCGCGACGGAGAGCCGCGUGCCGUGCGGUUCGGCGGCGAGCAGCGUUGGGGUGGAAGGCGUCGGCAGCGCGUGGGGUGUCCAAAGACGGCAGUCGCCGCCGCCCCUGGCAUCGCGCAGGCUGGAGUCGGCCGCUGACGCCACCACCGCAACAGCAGCAGCAGCAGCGUCGUUCAACCCCGUCGUUGCCAGCACGCAGAGAUGCGUAACUGCCAAGAAGAACGCCGUCGAUGCCGUCGCGCCGAGACCGCUGCGGAUCUACUGGGGUCCUCCUCCUCUCGUCGCUGAGACCAGCAAGGAGGAUGCGAUGGAGCCGGAGACCAAGGAGGAGGACGAACGACACUCGUCGACGUCGAGUCCCGAGUUCUACCUGAGGAGAAGUAAACGUUACAACGAGGAUGGCAGUAGCGAGGAGGAAACUAAACAGGAUAGCAUCUCGCUGCCCGGCCACAGGCUACCGUCUUCGUAUCGCGGAACGUGGCCCAUCAGAAGAGACGUAUGGGCUAAUCAGCAGAUUGGCUUUCCGGCCCAGCAGAGCACAUCACUCGCUGCGCACAAUGACGUGGCCAGCGUGAUGAGUUUCUCGUCAUCGAACUCUACCGGUCUUGAGAGCCAUUCUACGGAGUUACAAGGUCACCGGAGACUGGGUGCCAAGGUGGACGUGGUAUACAAUUUGUUGGGCAUGCUAGAGAAGAACGGCCGGGAUGAUAUGAGCACCACUCUACUCUCCAUGAGCACCUCACUGGACAGCUGCCUGGUGAUGAGGCAAUCUGGAUGUCUGCCGUUGCUCGUGCAGCUGAUCCACGCGCCCCGACAAGAUCCGGAGACCCGAGACAGAGCUAUGCAAGCGUUGCACAACGUGAUACACGCCAAGAGCGACGAGAGGGCCGGUCGUCGGGAGGCGCGAGUGCUACGAUUCUUGGAACAGCUGCGCGACUAUUGUCAGAACCUGAGGAUGUCCGUGGAGAGGGACAGGACCGCAGUCGAUCUCGAGAGAGGGCAUCCCGCGGCGACGAUAGCCGCGCUCAUGAAACUAUCCUUCGACGAGGCUCAUCGUCACGCCAUGUGCCAACUAGGUGGUCUUCACGCGGUCGCGGAACUCAUCGAGAUGGAUCACUUGGCACACGGCAGCGAGAGCGACGAUCAGAACUGCAUUACGUUGCGACGAUACGCGGGAAUGGCAUUGACCAACCUAACUUUCGGCGACGGCAACAACAAGGCGCUGCUCUGCUCUUUCAAGGAAUUUAUGAAGGCCUUGGUCUCGCAGCUGAGAAGUCCCAGUGACGAUCUUAGACAGGUGACCGCGAGCGUUCUGAGAAACUUGUCCUGGCGCGCCGACAGCAGCAGCAAGCAGACCUUGAGGGAAGUGGGAGCGGUGACGGGUCUGAUGAAAGCCGCCAUGGAGGGUCGCAAGGAAUCCACCCUGAAAUCCAUACUGUCCGCUCUAUGGAAUCUAUCAGCUCACUGCAGCACAAAUAAAGUGGAUAUCUGCGCCGUAGACGGCGCGCUGGCUUUCCUCGUGGAUAUGCUGAGCUACAAGGCGCCGUCCAAGACGCUCGCGAUAGUCGAGAACGCCGGCGGUAUCCUCAGAAACGUGUCGAGUCACGUGGCGGUGCGAGAGGACUAUCGAGCCAUCGUGAGAGAGAGAGGUUGCCUGCAAGUUCUCCUGCAACAACUGAGAUCGCCCAGUCUGACCGUGGUCAGCAACGCCUGCGGAGCGCUCUGGAACUUGUCCGCGAGGUGUCCUCAAGAUCAGCGUCUCCUCUGGGAUCUGGGGGCUGUACCGAUGUUGCGCAGUCUCGUUCAUUCCAAGCACAAGAUGAUCUCGAUGGGCUCCAGCGCGGCCUUAAAAAAUCUGUUGAGUGCCCGACCCGGUUGCAAUAAUCUCGUUCAUUUGGAUUCCACCGCGCGCGGACUCGGAUUAUCGACCCUGCCGAGUCUGGCUGCACGCAGACAACGGGCCCUGGAGCAAGAAAUCGAUCAGAAUCUAGCCGAGACAUGCGACAACAUCGAGCCAAGCACGUCGCCGAUCAAUAAGGACGACAAGUUUACAUUUAAGCUCGAUCACAGUCUCCUUGGCAUCAACGCCCACGGUCUGCGCGCUUAUCACUUGCACAGUCAACCCAGCACGUCCACCGCCAAGUGUAACGGAGUCGCCAGGAGCGAGAGUAGAGAUUCCAUGCGUUCGGUGACGAGCACGCACUCCGACACCAUGUUCGAGAGAGUAAAUCGUCACAUUCUGAACGGCUCAUCGCCUACCGAUCCACAGAUCAAGCAACAAUCUUCAUCGCUUCAUUCCGCGGUCGGAUUUGACGGCGCAUGUGGCGACACUCACACGAAAGCCACUUCUUCUUCUUCUUCUUCCGAGAGGAAGUACACCUUGCGAUACAAGAACGCUAUACCUGAACGACUGAAAUCAUCAGACGGCUUCGACGAGCUAAGAUGCACAAAUUCUACUAUAUCGUGGGCUACUUCAGCGCCCAAUCAAGAAUCAUCUCAGAUCUCAUUACACUCCUCCAUCGAGAACAAUAUGUCUCUGAUCGAUCAAAGCGUGUCGUCUUCGUCCAAGGCCGGUAGUCAGUCCAGCGUUUCGGAAGAAGUCGAGGCAACUGUGUGCGCAAAGUCGGAUUAUCGUCGAGCAACCGCGAAAGCGGUCGUUGACAGCUCGAAACCGGUCUCUUAUCUGCGUGAUAUUUCUCCCAUGAAGGAGAACGCGAAUUUCAGCACCGUCUACGCGGAGAAGGCUCUGUUGCGUCAACACGAUACCUUGAACAGCAUUCAAAAAGCGAUUUCGCCUACGAUCGGGCCGGAUGGUAACCUGUUUGGCGAUUACGCCGAAACAGACUUGGACCAGCCGACCGACUACAGUCUGCGCUACGGCGAGCAAACUAUAGACGACGAGAAGCAACAUUCCGGCUUCUUCUCGAACAACGAUCAGGGACUCCUGCAUGAAGAUACGGUGAAAACUUACUAUACGGAGGGAACACCACGCGAGACGUCCUUGAAUUCGUCCAGAGCUACUUCCGCCUCCGAUCUGCAGGACGAUAGUCGUAUAAGGAGCUCGUCGAAAAAGUUACCGGAGCGAUACAAGAGGCACGUCGAGGAUCAUGGUGAAUGCAAAGCGUUGUCCUUGACGGAUGUGCCGAAAUUGAACUUCGCCGAAUCGGGGACGCAGUUGAAUUUGCGAGGCGCGACGCAUCUUACGGACGACGAGAGCGCAAAUCAUUCGUUGCAGUAUGAGGAAGACUUGGGCAAGCAGCUCAAAGCGGUUCAAGAAGACGCGUCCAUCCAAAAUCAUUCAAGUGUAAGAACAACGCCGAUUUCGAUGGUAUUAGGAAACUCCGAAUAUAAUGAUGACCACGAUGCGGAAUCCAGUUCUAGGAUUAUUAGUUUAAACUCCAAACCAAAUGAUUGCAAAAUAAAUAAAAAUCUACCAUCGAGUGACAUUGAAUUCUCACCUGGCAAUAAUACUGGUUUAAAGACUUCUAAUAACGACUCGGGAUAUCAAGUCAGUGACGGGGACGAAGAUGACGAGGAUCUACUAGCUGCUUGCAUCAAUAUUGGAAUGCAAAAUAAUAGGCACAGGCAUUCCUUCAUAGGAAAUAAUCUCGAAAAGCUUCCUCGAGAAAAUAAUUUGACUCGAUAUCAAACUAGUCUCGCUCUAGAUCAAGUCGAACAUAAUGGAACUGUAGAGUCUGAUAAUACGUCAUUUAAUAUAAAAUAUGCGGAAUCUCGUGGAAUCGUAGCUGAAAGUAAUUUAUCAGAGAAAAACAAAAAAGAUAAUGAAAAAGAUAUUCAAUCGGAAGCAGCUACAGUGAAUAAUGAAUACAUGCAUAAUAUCAAGGAAUCAAAUAACGCUUCAACUACGACAGCAGUAAAUGACGAUAAUCUUGAUAAUAAUUUCUCAGCGGUAACUGUAUCACAGAAACCUGACAUGAUGUUCUUAAAUAAGAAUGUAUCCAAUAAUUUUACCGUAAAUGAUGAUACAGUUCGAAAUGAAUCCAUAACACAGAUAGACGAGACAACGAUCGAAGAUCAGAUCGCAGACAUUUCAUCGAUGAAGCAAUCAUUUACGAAAGAUUCCGAAAGUAGUGAAUCGAUUGACUCCGUCGAGCAAUCCGAGCAUGCUCUUCUGGAACUGUGUAUCCAACCUGGUAUAAAAUCCGAAAGCAACAUCGCCAUCAACCAAAGCAAUGCAGAUUACGUUAAGACGCAGCUAGAGUUAUAUAAUGAACAAAUAGACUUCAUAAAAGGAAAAAAUAAUUCCGAGGAACUAUCCGAGGUUGACGCGAGUGAUAAACCGGAAGCACCGUUCGAUAUUGUGAGGACCUCGGACGUUUUGCAUCGCGAAAGCGCGGAUAAAUACAUAAAAGAGGAGACGUACAGACGACAGAGAGAUCCCGAUGCAAUGAUCGCUUCGUUGGAUCGUUUGACGGCGACGUUAGUUCAACAAACCGAAGCCAUACGCGAACGAGAUUCCGGCACAAUGAAGCAGAGCUUGACAUGCGACACAUGGAAUGAGGAUUCUCCCAACGAUGUUUCCUUUCCCAGCAUCAGCAUAAGCGCACCGCUGGUUGCUUCGUUCAACAGCGACGCGCAGGAAGAUCAGCGCACCAACAUGUUGGAGAACCAUACGCAAGUCGAGAAUAACGAACAGAUCGGCAUGACGGAAUCAAAGAUCAUUCAACGCGAAGCCAUCAAACUGGCGGAAGCCGUGGACGCCGAGGCGAACAAUCAGAACGAGCUUGAGAUCACGAGUUUGACGUCUAUCGAUCUUGAUGCGAUCAAACCACCGUCCUCGAUGGGAAGUUUGGUGUCGUUGACCGCGAGCUACGCCGGUCCCACCGACAACAAUAUUGACACAUUCGUCAACCGGGAGAGGUGUUACUCCACGUCUCUGCCACCGGUAUCAACAAAAUAUUCCGUCGAUCCUCGCAACGUGCGGAAAAAGUCUCUGCCACUCGGCGUGGUGGCCAAACGAGCGCUAGGCCAGAGCCAGAGUCACACCUCCAGUCUGGAGAAUCUCCUGAACGAGUGCACCAGUUCGCACUUAGAGAAUGUCAAGCCGCCGUCCAUGAUGGACGAAUUGCCAGACGCAGGCGAUAUGGAGAACAGCAUGCUCAGCGUAGCCAGCAUCACGUCGGAGAUCGCGGACUCGAAGGACCAGGACUCGCACAGUCUGACCGGUAGCGAUUCGGUGGUGUUCGAGAUGCUGAAGCCGGUCGCCAAUGUAUUAUCCAUGACGUGUAUGCGUUACGUUGAGGGUAUGCAGAACAGCGCGAACAACAGUUUGAGCGAGUGCCUGGAGAACAUCAAUCCACCGUCCUUAUUUAACGAGGUGAGCGAGAUGGAUGAAUCGACGAUGGAGGCGACCACCAAUACCCUGUGCAGCGACACACUGUGCAUAGAAACGGAAUUGCACACCGACGAGGCGGUGCACUCGAUCGUGGCGGAGGUGAUCGACGAGGCGGAGAACGACACCGACGAGGCGGUCACGCCGAUCUCGUCCGAAUACUGCGUCAGUAGCUCGGCAGAAUCGACGCCGAAACGGCGGCCGCAUCUGAAGACCCACUUGACCCCGAAGCAGAAGCGGAACCUAACGAAGGAGAGAUAUAAGACAUACACUAUCGCCGCGGAAAUCGUUAAGAAGGAACAAGAAGAACGCCGGAAGCAAGAUGGUGCCUGCAGCAACGAGGGAGGUGAUCAAAUUCCACGCGGAAAGUACUCCACCUUCUCAAAACUGACGCCCAAGCAACGCAGGCAAGAAAAUAGAGCGAGAUUCCAGACACAGGUGUUGGAGAAUCCCUUCCCGGAUAUGAACUCGGCGCAAACCAAGGAAGCGCAAGAAUCAGUUUCCCCUAGAAAUUCCGUCGAGAGGCAAGAAUCUAUGUCUCCCAACAAGGUCUCCUCGAUUCCUACACUUACAAAGUUACCCGUGUGCAAAGCGUUGAGGAGGAAACGCGGAGAUUCCCAGGAGAACAAAGAGCGAUAUCGCACAAGGACGUUGAACGAUUCGGAAACUAUGUUCAAAGAGAUCGAGCGCAAUCCCAUCGCGACGGAAGAAAGGCAAAUGAAUGAGGAAAUUCAAACCAUAUUGCAGCAAAAUGCCACCAUCGUGUUGAACACUUUGAACGAAUCGAGUAAAGUUAACGGAGACGACAUUUUGCGUUGCGAGACUGUCACCUUGACGUCGUAUGAUUCCGAGUUGGAUCAUAAUCUAAGAAUGCGCUUUGUAAACGGGCUUUCGAAGAAACUGAUGAGCACUCAACAUGUCGACAACGCACAAACUCUUGCGAUGAAUAUCGAUCAUGAAGAAGCUGAAUACGUGGAGGUCGCUCAUGAAGACUCGGCAGAUCCGAUUGACUCGGCUAGCGAGGAGUCCAACUACGGCGACGAGGAACAGGAACCGAGAGAGACGAAGAGGCCGCGAAUAAUUAAACCGGGAAUGCCGGGUCGAGAUCCAAGCGCAGAUUCCAAUGCGACAGACAAAUCCGAGCCGGAAAGCCCGAAGGCGAUUCGUGGACGAAGGAAGGCGCUUUAUUCUAACCCGAUAACGCGAAAACCGACCCCGCAAUCGUCGCCCUUGAAGCAAGUAAACCUCGUCAGCGGGAUACCCAUCGGUCGCAGCAACACGUCGCCCAUCGUCAGAGCUACCAGAGCCACCACUUUGCGACAGAGUAACAAUAGUUCGACAGCUACUACGAAAGAUUCUCCAAAGUCCAACACGAGUCCAAAAAGAACCCUACCUGACGCGGAAAGGAAAAUGCGAAACAUGGCGACCGUAUCUAAGAGAGCCUCCGUACCUCAGAAAGGAUCCUCGUUGACUUUCACAAAAUCCACUAAGCGUCACAGUACACCUCCAGCCUGCUCAUCCAACUACCAGAGCGACAGUAGAUUACCAGAGGUCCCGAUCAAGCCACUGGAGCGUCAAGGAACUUUUACGAAGGACGAACCGGAAGUAGAGAACGCGCCAACAGUGCAUUCCGCGUCUUCUUCCCCGGUAAAGACGAAGAUCGCCAAGCCAAUUAAAGGCGUUUCAUCAAAGAUAUAUCCGGCGGCGAUGGCGGGAAAAUCCAAGAUCUCCGUGAAAGCGCAACCAGUGUAUCAGCAGAAAACGACGGUCAACAGUUCCGAAAAGAUGCAGCCGCCUAAAAGCUUGUUGAUGGCGCCGAAAAAGGUGUCCUCUGGGAAGAUAAUUACACCGCCGAAAGUCCUCAAUGGUAACCCGUCCCAGAACGACAAGACUCUCCUGAAGAAGGUCGAUUCUCUCGGGCAACGAUCCAACAGCAACUCCAGCAUAGUCUCCAAUUCGCCUAUGGGCGUGCAAAAUCGUAAGGCGAAGGAGGCGACGAGUAAAAUUGCGAGUCUCUGGAAGAGGGUCGAGGAGAGCAAGAACAAGCAGCGUUUCGAGAAACCAGACACCAGGCAGUGGAUAAGGCCAGCCAAUAGCGCCACUGAGGUAGACGUUACACCUGUCGCCGGUACGUUCAACAAACCGCCGGCUUACAGAUUGUUUCGCAGCUCCACGUUUGAGGGGAUCUCUCAGGAGGACAGCAGCAGCGGUGAAACAUCACCCUACAAGUCCAAGUGCAGACCCGCGGUUCUAGGAAGCACGCAAGUCGGAUUUGCCGGGCCAAAGUAUAGAAACUCCUGCGACUUGACGGGCGUGAACGCCAACGAGGCGCCCUGCAAGAUCCCGGUGAAGUCGUCCGAGUCGUACAAGCGCCAGACGACGCAGAUAGGCGACAGCUUGGUGACCAUGAGGAAGCAAGAAAGCGCCGAGCUCGGAGUAGAGACGGAUCCUGCCAAGAGGAUAUCCAGGCUCGGCUCCUUCAUCCAGGUGGACCCGACAACGGCAGCGGCGGAAAAUGGCGUGCGGACACCGGCCUCAGCGAUCGUGCCACCCUUCAACUACAAGCCAGACAUUUCAUCGCAAGCGGCCAAAUCUAAGGACGAGGAUAAAUUCGAGACGACAGAUUGCCACGCGGAGAUAGUCACGGGAUCGGCCAGGGUGACGACGGUAUAGGGAACCCGGCGGGAUUCCCAGAAACGAAGCGCAUAAGUUCUGUAAUAAUCGCCUCCUCUUCGCGUUCCAAGCUAGUCAUUGUACAUUCGCUUGCUUCUCUAUGUUCGCCCACGUACAUUCGUCACAUGUGAUACAUAUUACUAGAUAAUUUUAAUCAUUUUCCUUUUGCUGUCUCGUUGUAUGCAGGGUUGAGAUACGCAUACAGAUCCUUCGACGCAUUUUACGCGAAAUAAAAAAGAAAAUAGUCACGUAUGAAUAAUAUACCCUUGAUAUAUAUAUAUAUAUAUAUAUAUAUAUAUAUAUAUAUAUAUAUAUAUAUAUAUAUACAUAUACAUAUAUUGUAUGCGUAAACAUCGCGAUGCCAAUUUCUUCGACACCGGCAAAAAAAACCGUGUGAAAUACUAGCGGGAAAUCUUAAGAUCAUUCCUGUGUCCAUUUUAUCUGUUGUAUAUAUAUACAUGAUAAUAUAGAAUAAUUUUCCGAGUUUGAAAGAAGAGAACCACAGUCGAAAUUCAAUAGUGCGUAGCGAGAUAAUUCUGGAUCGGUUAUUUAUUCAAUUUUGUAUAUAUAUAAUAUUGAAAGGAACACGAGCUAAGAAUGUAGAAAGUUUUAGUAGUACGUGUUUAAACCUAUCUACGAUGGUGAUAAAAAACAUCGUUGUACAUCCUUGUACGCGAAUGUGAGAGAAUAAGAGCCCAGCGAUCUGUAUUUUGUUCCCAUCGUAUUAAUCGACUCGUACAAUCUUUCUCUCUCAAAUGGAUGCAAAGUCUAAUUACUUUUUUGAAGACUGAUAAGUAGGGCGGUGAAGAAAUCUGGAAAUUUAAGCUCGAGCAUCUUCGAAGAUUAAUCAUAACGAGGUAGUAAAGUUUGUAUCGACUGUGUGAACGUAGAGCGGUCUAAAGUAGUACGCUAAAAACUGGGAUUAUAAUAUAACGGGACAAACAAAUUUUAUAAGCAUUAUCUUAAGUUUCUAGUCUACAAGUAAAAUAUACAUUCUAUUUUCGUCACAUAUGUAUACUAUACAUGUAUCGCGGAUAUUCGUUUCGCUUCUGAGUGGCGUCUAUUAAACAAACACGUAUAUUUCUCCUUCAGAGAUAAAUAUAUUAUUAAAAGGGUGUACAGAUCAUACACACAAAUGCAAUUAGAUUUUACUCAUAAGUCUGUGAAAUCGAAAUUAUAUUUUUAUAAUUAUUAUUUAAUGUGGUUUUGUCUUUCAUUCGGACACGUGCAAAAAAUAUAUACUUUUUUUUAUUCUGUUUUAAUAUUCUUUUAUCGUGUCAAUUUUCCUUCUGUGGGAAUCGAAUCGUUGUCGAAUUUUCACCAGAAGGAGAAAUUAUUUGGCAUAUGUGAAUCAGAAUCUAUUAUAUAUUUAAUUUUUAGUUAAGAGAUUUCUUAUAUAUACAAUAUAUAUAUAAGAACACUUUUGCCUUGUUCCAGUUCAAGUUAAUUAAAUUUAACUUUGCCAACUUGGAACCAUAUCAAGGUAUCUUUGCGUUGUUUCUUAAAAUAUAUAUUCGAUCUGUACAUCACAAGAUUAUUGUUUAUUUUUUUAUUUUUUUUUACGUUAUUUCCGCUUUAGGUUUUAAGAAUUUUCAUUACGUUUCGUGCUUUAAAUUCGCCACAUAUCUUUAUAGUUUGUACAUUAUUACUUGCAGUACAAUAAAAUUUAUAGCUAAGAAUACCCCCUUUUUUAUCGUAAACUCUAAAGAGAUGUGUCAUCAACUAUUGUCCGCAACUAUUAAAGAAUAAAUGAUGUAGCGUGAAUAAAAAAUAUUUAUUAAUCCUUGCAAUAUUACUUAUCAUAUAUUGGACAUUCAUACAAAUUAAUGGAUUUAUCAUCAGAUACCGACGCGAUAACGUUAUUUCGUUGUGGAUUAUAUUUUACUGCCCAUACCUAUAACCAUUAAAAAAAUUAUCUGUAUCUGUAUUAAAAUCUUAAAAAAUUGACAUUAAAGAUACAUUUCGUCUGAAAAUAA